GUUUUUAAGCUUUGGUUAGUGAAUGUCAUAGUUUUUUCCAUCUAGGGAUAUUCCAAAUAGUUGGAGAGUUGUUUUAGUACCUUAUGGUAACAAGAUUUUCGUACUUCCAGUUUGGUUAGUUGAUAAAAGUGACAUGCAGUAACAAUAGUCGAUAAAACAUACGGACGUUCCGGUCGGAUGUCACAAGUGUGUGGUAAUUUGCAGCAGAAAUCUCACUGGAAGCUGAUUUUAGAACGCGCCGAGGUUUUCGUAGUUGAAAGGGUUGAAAGUAGUUGAUAUUCACAGGCUAAAAUUAAGACAACAAAACUCGUUUCGGGAAUUCGAGUCAUAAUAAUUUGUUUAUGGUAAUGUGUACAAUUUGAUGGUGUUUAUUUGUGAAAAGUCUACGUUUUAUAAUUUUGUACAAUGCCAAGCAAGAAAAAAAAAUACAAUGCUCGUUUCCCAGCAGGACGUAUCAAGAAAAUCAUGCAAACGGACGAAGAAGUAGGAAAAGUUGCUCAAGCUGUACCAGUCAUAAUCUCUAGAACCCUAGAGUUAUUCGUAGAGUCGUUGUUAACGAAAACAAUGCAAAUAACGAGUGCCAAAAAUGCCAAAACUCUUAGUCCGUCUCAUAUGAAGCAAUGUAUCCUUUCUGAAAGUCGCUUCGACUUUUUGAAAGACUUGGUCAAGGGACUUCCUGAUGUUACCAGCCCCGACGAUGAGGUACCUACACCGCCAGCAACUCCUGCACCUCAGUUGCCUUAUGUGCAAGUAAACCCAGCCAUUUAUCCACCCAUUUCAAGACAUGACGUUACAGGAAUCCCAAAUGUGGUAUCGUCGGCAACCAUUACACCAAUUCGCCAAAACCCAAGAGAGAACAGAGGGAUUGGAUUUCCCAGUGCCGCUUUGUCGAGCGAAAGUACUAAAACACCGAUCUCGAAUUUUCAAUCGCCGUUGUCUACAACGUUUAAUGUUAGCCAACCAAACUUUUACACGGAAGUAAACCCACUUAAUUUGUCAACAAAUUCUAACAACGUAAAUACAACCUAUAAACCGACGUCGAAUUACAGCAACACUACCAAUAUCGAUGAAGACUACGACACGUAGUCAAUUUUCUCACUUAUCGUCAAUUUAUUGCAGCAGUGAGUUCAAUUACAGGCGUGCCAUGCCUUACACACAUAAAUGAAAUUUUUUUCAAAUUUUGCACUAGUAUCUGGAUUGUAAGUCUACUUAAUAUAUCUGAUUUUACAUAGUUAACCGACUACUCGAAAAUACGUCACUAUUAUGCUCAUUUGACUUGAAGGUAUGAGCAUGUGACAUCACCAAAGCCGAAACAGCAUAUUUGUUACGUCAUAUACUGUAUAAAUGUUUUUCGAGUGGCUUGUGGAUUCAACCUUCUCUGCAAGGUUAUAUAAUCUUAGAUUAUAACGUUCAAAUUUAAAAAUAGUUUGACAAAAUCGUACUUUACUUUGUUAGCCGAUUCUAUAGUAGACUCUGGGUACCAAGACGAUUUCAGUUCUAUUUUUCCUUAAUAGAAUUAUUACAGUGACGUGUUAUUUACGGAUAAUGUAAUUAAUAUUAAAUGGGAAUAUUAUACAGUGGCACAGCUUGUUUUUGUUACUGCAAUAAUUUUGCACCGAAAUUAUUCUCAAGAGACUAAACACAAAUGAUAAUAUAUAACACUCGAUUUCGUUUUAAGCUACUUUUUUUUAUACAUGUUAGAAUUGCCCAUGCGUAUGUAGAAACGUAGGUAAUUUGAAUUUUUUGAAGAGUCGAAAGUCUGUUUGUGAGAAUGUUAUUGUAAAUAUCUACUGUAUAUUCAUUGUUAUAGUUCUAUUUAAAAGACGAUUUCAAACACUGUAUGUAGCAUGUGUCUAGCCAUAGCUUGCGACCUCAAAAUCCAGUAGCUGCUUCUUUGAACGGAGGGAAAGGGGGGGGGGGGGGGGGGGUCGAAAUUUGACUGGAAGAAUUAAAAUUUUUCCGUUACAUUAUUUGUAAUAAAAAUUGAUAUUCUGACGUGAAAUUUAAAUUGAAUCAUUCUUAAUGGCUGUAAAAAAUUAUUAUUCUUGGACGGAUUGAAGUAAAUAAAAUUAGAAAUGACUGAUUUUCUGGAAUGAUAUCUAGAAUCGACUAAAACUUCUCCAAACCAUAGAGGUAAGAAUAUCGGGAGAAAAUGUAUAUUCAAUGCAGGUCACAGCAAUAAAAUUAUAGCUAAUCGUUUGCUUUCGUAUUCAUUGGACACAGAUAUUCUUUGUAACUAUGAAAUGACUGUUUUCAACGUCAUACGUGGUGUAUUAUUUGCUUGAAAUACUGUUCGAAAUCAAGGACACAAGUUCUAUUAGAAUUAAGACAAAGCUUAACUUGUUUUUGUUCCUAUCUCAAUCUCUCGAUGUUAUUGACACAAAGUAUAAGGUGAUAUUAAAAUAGUCUCCAUGCGAAUUCUCAAGUGAACAGUUAUAAAAUUCCCAAGCAGUUAGAAUUAAAAUUUUUGCUGAAGUACAGUAUAAACGGAUUGAGAUUGAUCGUACCUAAUUUCCAACACAAUGAAGUUACCGUGAAGAACUCCUCAAGAUUUUCAAUAUAGUAUUUCAAGAAACAACGAAGAUAGACAGUGAUGUAGUAUAAUACCUUAUUAUAGGUGUAUCUUUGUUGAGAACUUCUUUUGAUUCGAUUUUAUGAGCGAAGCUAUGAAGUUGACUGCUAAUCUCAAUUUGUAACCCAAUAAUGGGUGAUUUUACUACAUUCUACUUUCGAUAACAGUUCUUGACAAAGAUAUAUCUGUGGUGAAUCGGUUGUUCAAAUGAAAUCAAAUCAAAUUUCGCAUAGUAUCGAAAGCAGCUACUAUAUUCGCAUUGAAAACGCACCAUUUCUCAGAAUUCUUGACUUUAUGACCUUGUAAUUUUCUAGUGGAUUUUAUACAUUAUGGCAAACGAUCAAAUGUCAAGAUUUUUUUUCUUCAAUCGUUUGAAAAUAUUAAUUUUAUAAAGUUUUUAAUAAUGGUUCGAUUUUCAUAUAACUCCAGGGUGUCAAUUCUUAUUAAAAACGAUCCAACCAAAAAAAUUAGUAUCUUCUAGCAUCAGUAUUUCACGGGGUUAAAGCUUCAGCCACUCUCCCUCCCCCAACUAAAUGCCUUUAUCUGUUUAUUUACAGAAUAGCAAAUUUGUAUAAUGCGUGAAUAUUCGAAUUCACUCUCGAAACUAAGAAAAGAAAAAAAUUGAUAUUGAUCAGCAUUGAAAAUAUUUGUAUACGUAAUUGUAAAAUGCAGUUGAAAUAUUGAAAGUUUGAGCGGUAAUGCGUUGACUGAAGAAUAUAGUGAAUCCCAGUAAACGAAAAAAGAUUUAAAAAAUAGUAAAUUUUCAUUUGACUGAAUCCAUUUUUCCGAUCCCAAAGAUAUAAUUUAAAACAGUAUUUUGGAUGACUACUUGAAUAUGUUUCUGUAUCAAUAAGUGGUUAUUGAUUACAUGGGGUUUACACGUGUUGUUACAGUUUUGAAAAACAAGUAAUUAUUCUUAUAGUGUAAUCCAAAAUGUGCAAAGAAUUCCAUCCUAAACCAUGAAAACAUUCGGAAUAUUUCAUUACGGACUGAACAAGAUUUAGAAAAAGAAACUAAUAGUAAACUAUGAAAGUACUAAUAUCAUUCACGAAUUCACAUGAAUCCAAAUAGUUGCAGUAUUCAAACGAAAAUUAAUCGAUAGAAUUUGAGUUGUUGAGGACGUAUUAAACUUCAUUUCAGGUAAGUUGAAAUUUGUUCACAAAAAUCCAACAGAAAUAGGUGGAUACGGAAUUGUGUAUUUGCAGAUUGGAUUGAAUGCAAACUGCGUUACAUUUCGACCGUGAAAAAUUGAAAGAACCAAAUCUUGUAGACACAUAUUCAAAACAAUAGAACGAUUGAUUCGGAUUGAUUUUUCAAUCAUGCAAUACGUUUUUAUGAGAAUUUUGGAUUGACACUCAUCAAAAUGAAUCAUACGUUUCAAUAUUUUUUCGUUUACUGAGAUGAAUCGGGAUUGGUUCGACAUCUCCAGGUAUAUACAUUCAUUGACUUCCAUUGUCAAAAAUGAAAAUCAGGUAAUUUUUUUUGGCUCCUCCGGCACGUGUUCUACUGAGUUCAACAUAAAUUCUCAUGUUUCUGGAAUCUAGUAAAUGGUAUCAUAUUUCAAUUUCUUUUACGAUCAUUUUGUCUCACUUCAAAUAAUGCUUGGUAGUUACUUUUUACCGAAAAUGAUCGUGUCUCAAUAUGCAACCAUAUUGAUUUUACGGUAGCUUUUGAAUUUGCCUGUCAAAUAUCUUAAAAACUAUUUUUUAAAUAUAUAAUGCUGGACAAUUUCAGACUUCUCUGCAAUAAUUUCUACACUAAUGAUUCGAAGAUACCUUAUCGUUUGUGAUAAUUCAACCCGUGAAUUCUGUAAGGUCUCAUAUAUCUUUGGUUGACUAUGACAACAUUUACUGCAAUUUCAUUGAAGUUUCAUUAUUGAACGUUAUUUGGCACUAAGUCAAUAGGCGUAGGGAAUAAGUAUUGUACCAACGAUUCAAAAAGUCUCUUGCCAUUUUGCAGUAUACAGUGAAGAUAUUUACCUGUACAUCUUGCUUAUGUGUGAGUAACAAAAAGAAAUCAGCUGAGAUUCACUCCGAAGGCACUGGGAAAGUGCUUUUUAUUACUAAAUAUAAGUGCCAUCGCUUUCAAACAUUCCGUAGUUCCAACAAUGAAUUGAAGGGUGAAAUUCCUUUCGCAAUGAAACAAUAAGACCGGAAUGCUCAAUUUGGGUGCAAGGAACCAUAAUCCGUAAUUUGAUCAAAAACAAUGGAUGUAUAUCAUAGCCAUAAAUUGAAGAGCCCAAGUGUAAAACCCUGAAGCCUACUAUUGGGAAAAAAUGAUCGAUAAUUGUGGAUAUCAACUUCCACCUCAAUUUCAAAUGACUAUAUGGUAGUACAAUUGGAUCUAAGGAUAGGAAUGAAAAAUUUUACUGCAGAUGUACUCACGUUACAUUACUUUUUUCAUAGGAAAUCAAAGGAAUUAUCUCUAAGCAUGUAAUAAAUAGGUAGUACAAAGUUUAAACAGAUACGGCAUAUAUGUACAAAGUUUGUACGAUGCAAAAAGUGUGAAAGUGGUUUGGUACUUAUUUAAGAUUGUCAAGAGUGAAGCCCAAUGUUUUCACUAUGACAUUGAGAAUUUGAAAUUAUCUGAGAAUUCUUGCGAAGGCUAGGAGUAAACCGUGUAAACAAUCUUUACAACAAAAAUUUGAUCAUAUUAACGGCAUUCUGGCGAUAGAAAAAAAAAUUUCGCGGCUCUUUAAGGGUAUAUAACUGUUGCACCCUUACCAACAGAGUUAUUUUUAUAAUUUGAUGUAUUUUUAGGCAGUAGCUAAGGGACUUUUCGGGAUUCUAUCCAGAUUGCAUAAAGUGUGAAAUGAUAUGUCACAGCACUAUUUUAAUACAAUAUUCAAGCGACGUUUCAUGAAAAUAGUGCAGUGACAUAUCAUUGUACUUGUGAUUACUCAUAGAAUAUCGUAAUGUUCUCUGGCUAUGGAUAUUAUUGCCAAAACAGUAAGAACAGUACAAAAAUAAUUUGGUUGAUAAAGGUAGAACUGUUACGUACGCUAUUGCCUGUAAAUCGAACAGUUUGAUUCGGUUACUGAUGCUAUUAUAAUAAUUAAGAUCAUGGAAAUUUUAUUUUUUCAAAUUGCGCAACGUUUGUAUGAAUUUGCAUAGGUCACAUUGCAUUAAUACAAAACCACCUUUGGUACAGAUAUUUCAUAUAAAAAGCAAACAAACCGUGAUAGUACAAGACUCUAUUCCAGCCUGUUAUUUAAAUUGAAAGUAAAUAAAUUAUUGAGAUCAUUGUCAGUUCUCUACCAUUCGUAGUUAUAAUCAUGCAAAACUAAUCGACAUCCCGUAAUCGAAUUUUAUCGACAUGUGUCCAUCAAUAUUUAUAAUUCAAAUAACGAUUGACUGCAUUUAAUGUACGUUCCUAACAAUGGUUACAUUUUUAGAAGUAGCUUGAUCCAGCUAUUAUCAUCAUUCUAAUAUAAAUGUGUCUAACUAUUUGUAAACUACAAAAAAUAUGUUAUCGGGUGAAAAAAUUAAUACAGGGGCGUUCGAUUGAGGUGAAGAUAAAGUUACACGUAAAUGGUUACCAAAUAAUAAAUAAAGAAGCAGCUCAAUCAACUUCGUAAAGUUUUAAUAAUAAACAGAAAAUCUUUCCUUAGUCAAACCUAAAGAGGCAGUUUGUACAGUAAUGAAGAACACCAGUAAAUGUAAUUAGUCAUUGUAUCAAAUAUUCAAAUUUAUAGAAGUGCUACUUUUACCUAGACGCACUGUAAAAAAGAUCAGGAAUGGAGUUGUAAGUACAGUGAAGUCACAUUCUGAGUAAUCGAUUAAUGAUCAAUACCAAUAAUGCAUUACUAACAUGUAAUGAAACGUACAAUCGUUUCUGUUCUUUGAAACGAGAGUUUUUACUUGAUUAUGACGUCUAUUAAUGAAACAAUAGAAAUCAAA